AUGAAUGAGGUUAGAAAAUUAAUUGGUCCUGCUCUUAACAAAUUUCCAGCAAUGUGUUCGGAUGCAUCAAUUCAAAGAUUUCUGAGAGCACGAAAUUGGCAUACAAAAAGGUCAGCCAAAAUGCUCAAAGAAGCAUUAAUAUGGAGACUAGAAAACAAACCAAACAUGAUCCGUUGGGAUGAUAUUGCUCAACAAGCAGAACCUGGAAAAGUUUACAAAGCCAAUUAUUUUGACAAAUAUGGAAGGACUGUGCUUGUCAUGAAGCCUGGAAUACCGAAUCCUUACUCAGUAGAGAUGCAAAUGAGAUAUCUAGUUUAUUGCAUGGAGAAUUCCAUAUUGGAUCUAAAAUCUGGUCAGGAGCAAAUGGUUUGGUUGAUCGACUUUGAAGGAUGGAACAUGUCUAGCAUAUCAGUAAAAGUGACUAGGGAAACAGCGCGUAUUCUGCAAGAUUGUUAUCCAGAGAGGCUAGGUCUUGCAAUCCUUUAUAAUCCACCAAAAGUUUUUGAGUCCUUCUGGAUUUUGGUAAAACCAUUCCUUGAGAAGAGGACAUACAAGAAAGUGAAGUUUGUGUAUCCAAAUGAUGUGGAUACUCAAAAAGUAAUGGAAGAUUUGUUUGAUAUGGACAAGCUUGAAUCAUGUUUUGGAGGAAAAUGCACACAAGGUUUUGAUUAUGUCACUUACUCUAAUCGCAUGAGAGAGGGGGAUAAGGUGAUGACUGAUUUUGUUAUUUCUGGUGCUCCUUUGCCCUCUGAUCAAUACUUGACAACAUUAGACAAUGGUUUCGAAUUGUCUGAGGAUGGUAUAUCCUCUACUGAUGAAACAACAUCGAAUUUGGAAAGUUCAGAUGAGACUGAAGAUUUACAGAUGAAUUAUAACGAUGAAAUCAAAGUUGAUCCAAAUGCUUCAAAACAAAGCCAGUAA